AUGUCCGACACCCCCAUCCCCAUCACGACGCAGCAAGCCCAGUCGGGCAUCUCGCGCGACCUGCGCAACAACAUCUACUCGGCCCUGCUCGCCGGGCCCGGCAUCCGCAACAUCGAGGCCACGCUCGACGAGUCGCUGCGCUCGUCAGGCUUCAAGGACGCUCUCCGAGCCUACAUUACCGAGCUCUUCCGCUCGGGCCAGGCCACCACGUGCGAGGAGGCCAGGAACCUCGCUAUGCAGCGUAUCCGCGAGCACACGCGUCAGUUGGACGGUGCCAGCGGCAACAACAACAACAGCAGUAGCAAGCAACAAUCCGCCACAAACGGUCUCAGCGACGACCAACUUAACGGCGCUGACGGCCCCGCCGACGACGCCCUGGACUUUGAUCUCAAAAUCCCCAAAUCAGCAAUCGAUGCCGGCGCCAAGACGGUCAUGAAAGAGUUGGAAAAGGUAUGCGAGAUUACAUAUGAGGAUGAUAAGUGA